AGAGAGAGAGAGAGAGAGCAAGAGGUUAAUUUCAAUUUCAGUAUUGACUGAUCAGACUGCAGUCACAGCUCUGACAGAGUCAGAGGAGGUCGGCUCAGGUGCUGGAUGUUUUCUGAUGUUUGCUGGAUGAUAUUUGAUGCGACAUGGAGCUACUGCCCUCUCUGCUGUCCACCCUCAGGACACUGGAUCCCGCCACUCUGGCUCAGGAGUACAGCGUGGUGCGUUCGAAGACCUUGUCGUUGAAGAGAGAUCUGGGUUUGACCACUGAGGUUGGAGCUCUGAAGGAAAACAUCAAGAAGAACAGAUACAAAGACAUCCUGCCAUAUGACCAGUCUCGGGUGGUGUUGUCUCUGCUGACCUCAGACUCUGACUCUGAUUACAUCAACGCGAGCUUCAUCAAGGGGCCGUCAGCAGACAACCGGUACAUCGCCUGUCAGGGUCCUCUCAGCUCCACUCUGAUUGACUUCUGGAGGAUGAUCUGGCAGCACGACAUCAAGGUGAUAGUCAUGGCCUGCAGAGAAAUAGAGAUGGGAAAGAAGAAGUGUGAGUGUUACUGGGCUCCAGUUCAUCAGUCUGCUGCAUUUGGACCGUUCACUGUCCAUAGUCAGGGGGAGACACAUCCCAAUGAAGACGUAGUGGUCAGAACUCUGACUGUCACAUACCAGCAGGACAGCCGUUCAGUGAUUCAGUAUCAGUUCCUGUCAUGGCCGGAUCACGACGUUCCGUACGAGUCUGCAGGAAUCGUGGACCUGCUGGAGGGAGUCAGAAAGAGCCAGAGAACACACACCUCACCUCUGCUGGUACACUGCAGUGCGGGCUGUGGGAGGACAGGAGUCAUCUGUGCUCUUGACUACAUCCAUGACCUGCUGGUUACCAAGCAGCACACAACAGACUUCAGCAUCAUGGAGAUCGUCCUGGAGCUGAGGAGGCAGAGACCCUCUGCAGUCCAGACUAAAGAUCAGUAUCAGUUCAUCUUCACGGCCGUUGCCUGUAUGCUCGAACGAGUCCUUCAGCCCAGCAGUCAACAGUUCUCCUAUAACAUGUCUGAGCCGCAGAAACCAGACAACAAGACAGCACCUGCUUCCUUGACCAAGAGAUCAUCAAAGGCGAUUGACAUGAAUGAUACGUAUGCUGUGGUCAACAAGUCCAAACAGCCCCACCCACCUCCAACAAGCCCCGCCUACUCUGCCGUAGCACCGCCCAGAUCCAGCAGGAGCCUGCCUGCCUCGCACCACUAUGAUAACGACUCUGCAGGGGCAUCAGCAACCCCUCUCUACAGCGCCGUCAGGCCCCGAGCUAAACCACAAAACAUGCUGCUCUCUACCACGCCCAUCUAUGACACAGCAACAUCAGCCAAUCCCAGGCCGGGGGAGGGGCUACUGUCACCACACAACAACGAACAAUAUCAACUGGUGGCAGUUGAAGGACUUUCACGCACAGAUGAUGAUUAUGAAGAAUUCUCGUCUUCAGCCCCAGACGUGUCCAACUUCUGCUCACCUGGAGGCAUCGGCUUUAACUGUCGUAUUCAGAAGCCCAGAGGACCCAGAGAUCCUCCUGCUGAGUGGAGCCGACUGGAGAGAUGAACUGGUCCAACUGGACCACACUGGUUUACAGUAGAUUGUAUAAGUGCGUUAAGGUUAACAGAGUGGACGAGUUUCAGUUGACCUGAAGUGACCUGGACUGUGAGACUUGUUGUUUUAUAAACAACUGACCGUCACCAUAAUCUGAUCCCUGCCUGUAAAUAUUCCUGGUCUUCGUGUCGUCUUCACAUGUGUCUUUGUACUUUAUCAAUGGUUUUCAUAAAGUUUGAUUUUCAGUG